GGCGCCGGGUAACAGCGGCUGCGGGUGGACGCGAAUGAAGCGGGGAGAGGAUGUGAAGGGGCAGCGGGGCGCCUGACAAGUGGAGGCGCCGGCCCGGGAGCCUGAGCCUGAGCCUGAGCCUGAGCAGAGCGGGGCUGUGUUGUGUUGCUGGAGAGGGGGAAGGAAGGAAGGAAGGAAGGCAGGAGGUCCAGCGGGCCCAGGAAACGGCGGCGUCCCUGGAAACGGCGUCCCCCUGCUACUCCCCCCCCGGCGACCACACUCACUCACUCACUCUCUCCGCUAACUACCCAGGACCAACAACAUUGGCUCCAACAACAUCAACCCGGAGGCGUGUUGAUGCCGUGGAUCUCGCUUCCCGAUUUGUGCGUAAUGACGGCGAAAUGUGCGGAGGUGAACAGCGAUGAAGGGCUGAGAAGAGUGUGUAAAAGAAGUGGUGACGAGGAGAGUGCUGAAGGAGAUGGGGAGAGUGAAGAAGGAGGCUGCAGAUCUGAACACAGCACAAAGAGAGAAGAUACUUCAGCAGCUGCCACCAGUCCAGAUCAGCAUCAUUUCUUAAGAUCCAGUGUGAGACCUCCCAACAAGAGGUUAAGGAAAGAUCCAGUUGCUUCUCAUGGAUCCAACAGCUUCCAAAACAAUAAGGGAAAAGGUCUUGAGGGGAGUUCUGCUGCUUCUGGUUAUGCGCCUGGCAUUACUGUGGGCAGUGCAGGUGGAAGCAGCAAAACCACAGCAAAGAGUUUAUCUGCCAUAUCUGGAGAAAAAGAGGAAGGGAACAAGAAGAAAGUUCGAAGGCAGUGGGAGUCGUGGAGUGCCGAGGAUAAAAACUCAUUUUUUGAAGGAUUAUAUGAGCAUGGAAAGGAUUUUGAAGCAAUACAGAAUAACAUAGCUCUAAAGUACAAGAAGAAAGGGAAGCCAGCAAGUAUGGUGAAAAACAAGGAGCAAGUUCGGCACUUCUACUAUCGUACUUGGCACAAGAUCUCCAAAUACAUCGACUUCAAUAAUGUAUUCUCUCGAGGGCUGAAGAAAUCCUCUCAGGAGCUCUAUGGGUUAAUAUGCUAUGGAGAACUGCGCAAAAAAAUCGGAGGAUGCAUGGAUGAUAAAAAUGCAGCCAAACUCAAUGAAUUAAUUCAAGCUGGGGCCACAACUGUGCGAUACAAAGGCCGUAAUUUACGUAUAAAAGCACCAAUGUGCCGGGCUUUGAAAAAAAUCUGCGAUCCUGAAGGAAUUAGUGAUGAGGAAGAUCAGAAACCAGUUCGACUACCGGUGAAAGUGCUCCUUGAACUACUGCCACGCAGUAACUACACCUGGGCAAGAGUUCAGAGUCUGGCACAGAAUCCUCGACUACGGAUGAUGGUGGAACUACAUCGGAAAGUUUCCAGUCUCAUUGAUUUCCUCAAGCAUAAAUGGGCGUUACAGGAAUUCCGAAUUCGCAAGUCAUUGGAAGAACGUCAGCAAGAUAUUGGAUAUGGUGAAUCAAGGAUUAUGGGGCUUGAGGAAAAGACAGAGCUCCAUCUCUACCCUGCAGAGAACUGUACUUUAACUGUACUGCCUGGAGUGGCAAAGGUGGUUCACUCAAAAGCCUGCUGCACUGUGCACUGGCAGGAAACCGGAAGGUGCAGACAGAACAUAAAGGACAUUCAUUUACUCCCACCAGCACAGAUAUUAGCAAGAACCCCUGCUACAAAGGAUAUGACUGUUCCCGUCAGUCAAGGAACUCAGGGCACAAUGAAGGGACAAGUUAAACAAAUUAGAAGCACAACAGAUGGGCGAACUGGUUUCAAAACCACUACAUCGAUAGCUGGUGAAGGAUCACAAUGCACUGAAGAGGAAAUGCCUUCUUUGGAAGGUACAUCUGCUGGAGAGACAAUUUCUCAACAGGAAAGUCCAAAAACAGACGAGAUAUUUGAUGGAGGACAGCAAGAAUUAGGAGAAAAUGGAGAACAUGCAUUUAAUUCACCCAAAUCUAAUUCGGAUGCUUCCACUGAAGAAUGCAGUGGUAAUGAGGUGCCCUUAAUGGAGUCCCCAGAACCAACCACGACUACUGAGCUCUGUGUCUGUGGGGGGAUGGUCAAUAAUGAUGAGACACUCUUGGACCCACCUUCUCACGACAUGAAGUCGUGUCCGAACUCGGUAGAUGCAGAGAGAUGUGCAUGUCUGGAAAAAUCCUCUGAAAAGGGUGUUACUGCCUUGGACAUAAAUGGAUUUCUUGGUGAUCCCAGUGCAGUACAUUCUGGAAUGGUAAAAGUUGAAUCAAGCUCUCAACAAUUGGCAGAUUCAAGUCCCCAAUUAUCUACUGAUACCGCUUCAAUGUCAUCCAAUUCAACCGCAGUAGAUGAUUGUGAUAAUAGGACCUUGUCCAGUAAUUGCACUCAUGAACAGCCGGUGGUGUGCACAGAUGAGGUGUCUGAUAACGACUGCCUUAGGCAGACCGUGAAUAUGAGUUUGCCCUCUCAGGGACAAGCUGGUAGUGCCAGCAUUCUUCCAAAACCACCAAAAGAAGAUGCUACCCAUCUGGUCCAGCAGGUGCUGGAGGAUGGCUGGAGUCCAAGUACCUCUGAGAAUUUGACUUUGGCUGAAUUGUACCUCAUGCUGGGGAAACCCAGCAAACUGCAACUUGAAUAUGAUUGGGUGCAGACCCAGCGGAAUAACGCUGAGGAAACUGAGAGGACAAAGGGUACAAGUCAGAGGUUACUGAAGUGCCUGCUGCAAAUUAUCACUACUGAAGUAAAUCCUAAAUCUAGUCCAGAUUCCAGUUCUAUGGCAGCAUCGCCAAUGAAGUCAAACCAUGAAGAUCAGAUGCUCUCGCCGCCAGGGAAAGUGAUUACUCUUUCACGUAGUCCUGGUUGUGUCCGAAAUACUCCAGCAAUUCGAACGAGCAAAACGCUCACUCCCACCAGUGUUUCAGGAAUGCGUAACGUGCAGAAAACAUUGGUGGUCCCACAUUCAUCUAGUAGCUCAGGAAAAUCGAACAGCGAUGCAGACAGUGGGAUAUUUGCAGUUCCUACAAUUUUGCCUCCUAACAGUAGGCAUAACAAGAUGUAUUCACCCAGCAAGGAGAGUGAGCUGACAUUCAGACAGCAACUGGAUACCUUCAGUAGGCAACCCGACAUCUUCUUACCUAAACCUAGGAAAUUACGAAAUAAUCGUCCACGCAAGCCGCUGGUGGUUCAGAGAACACUGUUGCCACGACCGACUGGAAAUUCCUCUCAGCAUGUUUGUUCUUUUUCCAUCUUGUCCAAUUCUGCCACAGGCACAGGUUUAUUCCGUCCUCUUCAGUCAUCUCUUUCCAAACCAACGUUGGCUCGCCCUAUUGUUCCAAAAGUCAUUCCAGCAUCCACCAGUCAACUAUCCAGUGCAAUCGACAUGGCAGCAAAGUCAGCAGGCAUAAUUCCAGGCAGCCCAGUCCAGACUCUUGAUACAGAGGAUUCACAAGAUUUGACAUCCCUGUCAAAUGAAGAUGUUUCCAUGGUAAACUUGGACCACGAUAUAUCCUCAGUCCAUCAGAAUGGAAGCCCACCACCAACCUUGGCAGGGCGGGAUCUUGAAAAACCCACGCAUCAGAAUGGUUUAUCCUCUCCAUCAGAUGAAACCUCUAACACGUUGUUCACUUCUCCACCAAAUGUCUCGGCUCUCCUUGAUAUUUCAUUGCCAGGACCUCCUGAUGACACACUGUCCCAGGGUGGACCCCAUAGCCAAAUCAGUGACUCCAUCAUCGAGCUUGCUAUCAACUCCACUCAGUAUGUUAGCGGUGACGGUUCAUCUCUCUCGCUAACAAAGCUGAAUGGUAAUGACAACUCUAAGAAUCUUCCAUCUCCACCAGCCAGUCCUCAACGCAACUGGAUCCCCUCUCCUACCCAUGAUCCGCAGUGGUAUCCAACCGACUCUGGUGACUCUUCUUUGGGUAGUCUAUUGUCAAGCCUAAUAUCUCCUGAAAAGGGGCGGAAGAUGCUGACAACCGGCAAUGGAAACAGCAAUAGCAACUCGUUGCUUGGAACAAGCUUGUUAGAUGGCAACUCCAGGGACUCUUUUGUUUCCCGCUCACUAGUGGAUGUGUCUGAGGUUGAUUCUCAGCUGGCGUGUAUGAUGAAUGAAAGCAGUGUGGAUUAUAUUGCUCGCUUUAAUGACCUUGCUCAAGAGCUCUCGGUAGCUGAGACUUCAAGGAAGGAGAUGCUUUUGGACAGUGGCCCUCCGAUUGGUGACCUUUCACAAUAAGGUCAUAAUGUGAACAUGGGGUUCAUUUAGGAUGCCCCCGUUCUUCAGCACCUUGCCAAUUAAGCUGCUUGGUUUGGGCAUUGACUACUGGAGAGACCAUUUGUAAAUGACACU